UGCUUCGAGCGAGUCUUCGACAGACCCGACCCCCGCCACCAGCCAUGGACGCGCUCACCCGCCUCCGCCGCUCCCUGGUCGGCGGCGGCAACGAGGAGGAGGACCUGCCGGAGGACUCCAUACUGGGGGACACCGAGGACCUAUGCUCCCUCUCCCAGCUCCAGAGGAUCUACGCGUUCGCGGCGUGCUUGGUGGCCGGACUCGCCCUGAUGAUCCUGUCUUUUAUCGUCUUCGCUAGACCUAUCAAAUUCGCAGUCAUGUUUACGUUUGGAAACAUGUUGACAGUUGGGAGCACAGCCUUUGUUAUGGGGCCACAAAAACAGCUAAGGAUGAUGUUUGAUCCAGUUCGAUUGUAUGCAACUGCUAUUUAUGUUGGAUGUGUUGUUUUGGCUCUAAUCUUCGCUCUUUGGAUUCAUGACAAGCUGCUAACACUGAUUGCGAUCAUAUGUGAGAUCUGCGCCCUGUUUUGGUACAGUUUGAGCUACAUACCUUUCGCACGAAGGAUGGUUUCUGACCUGAUGGUGAAGUUAUGUGACACUGAACUUUGAGCUUGGGUGGGUUGUGCAGCAUUCGCUAGUGCCUGAAAUCAGGGAAGCCUGUGGGUGCUUGCUCAUUUACCCGUUUCCAAUGGGUAUCUUGUUUGAUUAACAAACCAAAGUUUGUUUUUUGUAUAAAUGUAUGCCAUGAUGCAAUAUUUGUAAAACCUUGGUUGCAUCUGUAAAUCGGAUUUCUGGCCUUGUACUGCAGCAAAACAAUCUGCUUGUGAGUUGUGACAGUGUAACAUACAUUUCGACCUCCUUGAUUGCUGCUUCAAUUUGGAUGGACCAUGGUACUGCAAAGCUUA